UCAUUAUAAUGCUACACCUGGACGCGCACAGCUCGUGUGGGUCUAGCAUAAACAUUGGUUUUCAGUCGAUUUUCAAAAGAUAAAAAAAAAUUCGGCAAAACUACGGUGUUAYCAAUGUUUAUAACUGUUUUAUAUGGUGAUUGCGAGUCUCUUUUGUGUAAUCCAAGUUGUAGCGUGGUGAAUUUAUUGGAUAAUAUCCGAGAUAGAUGCGGUUUGAGUGAUUCAAAAACCGAGUUGGACCUAACUGAUGAAACAGGUUUAGUACUAGAGCUCACAGACCAUAAAAGCGAUGACGCUAUGAAAUACCUGACAUUAAAAGGCGAAUACAUACUGGUAGAAAAGAAAAUAACAACCAUUGAAUGCAAAGAGACRAACGGGUCAUCGCCACAACAAGAAAUAUCKUACGUUCCUUURUUAAAAGGACUUGACGAGAAAUACCCGGASUAUGUKACACGAGUUGCACAACGAUCAUGUACCGAGGUACCGAAACAGUCAAAGCAAAAGAAAGGAAAACGAAAAUUGAAAACUGAACCAUGAAUAUAUUGGAAGGGAGAAAAUAGUCUCCAGAAAGGAGAUGCGAUUGACCUUAGAAGUGUACGUUGCACAAGGCUGAAUGGACCUUUCAGCCUAGCCAUAGUUAUGUUCUAGCAUAACUUCGUUUCUGCUUCCCCAGAUACAAUCCAAUCGAUCCAGAAACGUUACAAAUUGCAUAUUUACUACAGUCUUGGUCAUUUUACUUGGGAUUGAAACACAUAACCCUUACCAUUUUGACAAUGCAACAAAAUUCAGCCUCCCCGCCGCCCCCCGAGAAUGGAUGAAUGGGAGGUAAAACCCCAUGCAAAACCAUCUUUUCACUGAUGGUGUCCCAAUCUAUUUUGCCCAUGAUUGUAGGUGCAUUUUGAUAUGAUACAGUCUACUUAUUAUAUAAUAUGAAUUGCGUCUGAGAGUUCCUGUUGUAAAUAGAUUAUUCGAUGUCCUGCGUAAACAUUAUGAUUAUGUUGUCACAAUAAUAAUUAACAAGCAGUAACUAGUUCCAAUUAGAGUGGAAUCCAAAAAACAAUCAAGCGAACUAGGUCACAACUGGCACCAUGAUGAAAGGUAGUUGAGCUUGUGAUAGGUAUUUACACUGUAGCCUCAUCUGCUGUUUCCUUGGAUGGAAAGACUAUCUUUCAAGAUGGUGCUUGGAACUGUUAACUGUGUUAAAGUAACUCAUUUCAAAUCGCCUCUCAC